AUGCCAUCACUGUCCAUCGACCUGCCGAUGUCUGUUCUACGACAGAAACUGAGCCUGGAAAAAGAGAGGAAGUUCCAAGCGCUACGAGCCGCUGCUAACAGGGACUAUCUUAACGACAUCGGAAAGCGAGAGGCUGCCGGUCCGCGAUUCGAGAGUACGUCCGAAACGGAAAAUGCCCUCUCUCUCAAUCAACAACCCGAUGGAGGUUCUGCGGCAGAGGCUGUUGUUGGAAGUCGCUCGCAAGCAGAUGCGCGAAGCAAGCCAAAGACAAGCGGUGGCCAACCGUGUCUUCCUACAAAACGUUGGCAAACGAGGUCUCUGGGCAAACACGAUGUCAGCGAGCUACGGUAA